AAUGAAAAAACAACAUGACGAAUUAGACAUCUAACCAAUCAUCUGUAAUUACGUCAUCAUCUACCCGCGCAUCUCCUUAACGUAUUCACGCAUGCACGCGUUGAUGACCCGUUGGACAACACAUGUGACAUCACAUAAUGACCAUAUAUAGGUAUAUCGUGACUAUAUAUGGGUAUACAACAGUUUUUUUUGUCAAAGAAAAUCUGACAAUCUGGUCAGAGCAUUAACAGAUUUUGUAGUCACAGUACUCUAGUCACAGCCACUCUCGAAUACAAUAGUUUGAAACUCACUGUAAACACUCGCUUUUCUCAACUUCGUAGUUAUAAACAAGAUUGGCGAGUAAAAUAUAUCAUUAUCUGUUUUUGAUCUCAUCAAAACUGUUGAUUAAAGAUGGUUACGUUCAGCAGAUACCAGUACUGGGAAUACUUUAUGACGAGACUUUAUUUAACUAUCGUAAGCAUUUAUUUUACGCAAGCAACUAUGUUAUCCUCAAGAUUUCCAAUGACUACAUUGAUAAACAAUAAGGACGAACAUUCAACCAUCUCAUCCGACCAGAUGAGUGACGCUGAUAACUCAAAUAACAAUAUAAUGUUAACAUCAGUCUCAACUGGCGCAACUCAAAGGGUAAUUACACCACGCUACACCGUGACAAGCUCUGGCUACAACAAUGACGAAUUAUUCUCAACCAAGCAACUUCUCUAUAGCACUACGUCAACCUCAUUUACGACUCAAAAGCAACAACGAAAUAAAAAACAAGACUCUACUGACGUCAACGAAAAUGAUAAAAAAAGUAAAUUUUUAGUCAUAGUGUAUUCAAAAAGCAGGAAUAUCCUACAAAAUAAUGAAGAGAAAGAAGAAAACACGGACACAGAAAAUGAUACAAAACAUGAUAUUAUAGGUGGACUAGGAAUUGCCAUUGUCAUGAUUGUCGUGCUGAUUGCCAUCUACACUGUGAUACGAUAUGACAUAUGCGCUAAAAGAUGCAAUGAUACUGUAGCCAUUGCUGAAGUGAACUACGCAAACUCACAAGNNGACCUGGAAUUGGAAUACAUCGAUAUGAAAUCCAUUGAUUCCUCCAGUCACCCUGAUGAUGAAGACGUUUGUAUUGGCGAAAAAGAAGGAAUAAUGAAUAUCAUUAGGCCUGAAUCCACUACUGACCCAAAAGAAUUGCAUCCUAUCCCAGACAAUGGCUUCACUUAUGAGCAGACGUUUUCCCAACCAGCUACAUAUGAAACGAUCUAUUCUAGCGAGAGUGAUUACAGAAUGGAAUACGGAAUCAAAGGGGAGACGAAGUAUGAACAUUUUACGUAUAAUUAGGCAAACAACGAAAAUUCUUGUGUUGGACACGCUUUGGGAAACUAACAAAAAAAAAAAAAUGGGUAGGUCGGUAGAAAAAGUACACGAAAGUACAACAAAGCCAUUUUAAAAUCUAUAUUGAAGAACAAAACGAUAGAAUAAAACUGUUCCAUCGCCUACCGUCUCAAGAUGGGCCCAUUCAAGCCUUUUUAGCUUAAAUGGCCUAAAAAAAAAUAAAAAUAAAAAAUAAAAUAAAAUGCUGACCCUCAAUUUCAAACUUUUGUGUAAAGCUCUAUCCAGACCACUGUUGUAUGCCCAUAUAUAGUCAUGAUGUGCCUAUAUAUUGUCAUGAUGUUCCCAUAUAUAGUCAUGAUGUGCCUAUAGUUGGUCAUGAUGUGAUGUUAUCAGUUUGUUAUUCUGGACAAGGAUUUAAAAUUUACAAACCUAGUAAUUUGUUUUUUCGAAUGUGCAAUAGAUGAAAUAAAUAUUUUAAUUAUCUGAUAUAUAGUAGCAGUAUGAUACUUACUGGCCAUAUAUGUAUCUGCAUAAUACUCGCAUAUUUUCUAAAGUGAAAUGUAAAUUAAUGCACUAUUACAAAUAGCUAAUAUAGUUGUGUUUUCUUCAUGCAGGCCUACAAAUUAUUAUCUACAUGCUACAAUAUUUGCAGCCUGUAUUGGUUGAGUAUUUUAUUUUAACAUGCAUUUUCGAUGUUUUGCUAUUGGAUUGAUGAAAAUAUAUUUAUUUUAAAUCAAUUAUAUUGUUAAUCUGUAUAUCACCUAUAUUGGUAUUGAGUUCACUAACCUAUUUUAUAACUAUAAUACUAGAUUUUCUACUUCUAGAAUGUCAAUUUGUAAACAAAAAUCUGGUACACAUGGUAGAUUUUCAUUUAUCGAUACCGCUAUUGAUGAAUGGAAUAAAUUACCUUAUGAUGUUCAAAAUGCACAAUCCUUUUAUACAUUCAAAAAAAAAAUCACUAAGAACCACUAUUAGUAUUCUGAACCUCUAAAUAAUAUAUAGUUUAAAGUCUUUGAUUUCAAUUAGGUUGAAUUUGACUCUGAUGUUUUGAAAAUGUAUAUUUAUUGUAUUGUUUUCCUUAUUGUUCUAUUAAUAUAAUCUGUAAUUUUUGUAUUCUCAUUUAGGGACCACAGUGGAAAUAAGUUGCUUUUUGUACUUUUCUGUGUUUCUAUCCUUGAAUGUUUUUACUUAUAAUUACUUCAGAAUGAAUAAAUUUAAAAAAAAUCCUUGCCUUGAUUUAGUACAGAAUUAUAACUUUGAGGGUUAGUUUUUAAUUGAUCGUGCAUUAAAUAUGAGAUACUGUAAAGUUGUAUAGAACCCGUAAGAAUAAUAUAGUACGGUAUACAAAGUAAACCUUGUUUGCUCUUAUGCCGUAGUCAUCUAUACAAAAGAAAAAAUCAAGGGAAGCUACCGGAUGUUAAAGUGGCAAAAAUCGAAAUUGUUUAUUAUUUUCAAACUACAAAAUACAUAGCCAGUAUUAAUUAUAAACUUGGAAAGAUUUUUUGAACUUAUUUGUUCAAACGUUUUAGGUUGCUUACUUUUCCAUAUAUUUCAUAUAUUUACUUUAUCUUUUUUCACAUUUGAACAAAAUGGGUAUGCUCGGGCACCGUAAAAAUCCCUGGUUACUCCACUGAUCAGAGACACAGAAAGUCCAAUUAAUGAUGUUAAUCAUCCCUAAGUAGACUACAUGUCCCGAUACAUUCAUGUAUUGAAUUUUGUUCAAAUGACAUACAUGAAUUCACGGCACCGACAAUUAAUCUGAUAGUCUUGUAUUAAGUAAAUACAAAAUAAUAAAACAAUGUGGAUAUUCUUCCGACCUGCUGUAGUACAGUAAGAUAGGUUAAGGUAGAGUCAGCUCCACCAAUCAUUACCUCGGAAAAAUAUCCACUCCCUUAAUAAAAACGUUGUGUAAAUUAGUAUUAUUCAAAAUUUUAAACAAUCUUUAGUUUUCAAGUUGUUAUAAUUUUAAACAGUCUUAUAAUUUUAAACCCAUAUUUUAAACGAUUUUAGACCUUAGUAUUCUUUCAUCUUAAUCAUUAUUUUGUACAGUUGUUACGUAUUUGUCACACCUUUUCUACGUAUCUUUACUUAGUACUUUAUUCAAUAUUUUCUGUAAGUCAGAAAGAUAAUUUCUAUUAAUCUUCUAUGAUAAUAUGGACAAAUCAAGCAUUAAUUUUCCAGUUUUUGGUAGUACCAUUCGCUCUACCACCUAUUGUUAUUAUAAUAUCACUGUUGCUAUCAUCGUCAUGCUCAUUAUUAUAAUCAUCAUUAAUUAUUUGUAUUAUUAUCAUGAUCAUCAUCGUAAUAAUAAU